GGGCUUCCUGGUUAGCCCCUUUAUCUCCCAGAUCCAUGGCCAACUUGCCCUCUUUCUUCCGGCCACAGAAGACAGACGUCUCACAACGGACUGAAGUGGUCACUACAAGAUGAGCUUCACAUCCCAGGCCUUCUUCUCAACCCAGACCCUGGUAGGGGCAUCCAGCACCGUUCAGUUCUUCUUCUCUGAGGCUUUCAUGGGUCAGCACUUCCAGGAGGUGGAGUUAGAAAACUGCGAGCCUGAGCCUGGAGACCUGUUCCUGUUCAAAUUGCGGUCCCCUAAGGCACAGUGGUGCGGGGCCCACGUGGGUGUUUACUGCGGCCACGGAGAGAUCAUACACUUUGAGGGCAGGACCCCCAGCAACAGUGGAAUACAAACGUUUCUGGGUUACUGUGAGGGUGUCGUGUGUAAACAGGGGCACCAAGCUCUGCAGCGCUCCAGACAGCUCUGGCGUGUGCUACGCAGACGCGGUGGCGUUGACCGUAGGGUGCUGGAAAGCCGCGUGCAAGAAGCUAUGAACAAUGACCCUCCUCCAUACCACCCCACUAGCAGCAACUGCGUGCACUUUGCACUGAACCUGCUGGGCAUGGACUCAAUGUCAAUGGACAGGAACCUAGCCAGGAAUUAAUGUGACCUUGAGCCCUCCUGAAUGGGCCAGAAGAGGCUUCAGAAAAGAUCAUUAAAGUAUUUUCCCAAAC